GCGUCCCCCCCCCCGCCUCGGUCAUUCAAGCUUUGCCUCCCCAGCUGGGCGAGGGGGCACCGAUCCCUAGGGGGAAAGCGGCUAGACGACAGCCCCGCCACCCCACCCCACGGCCUCCGUCGCCUCUCUCCGACUCAUCACCGCCAGAGUCACCUUCUCUAUCAUGUCUCCGCUGAAGACCUCGCUCCUGUUCUUGGCAAUCUUCCUCCCGUCGCUGCUUGCUACAGUGGACGACGCCUUGGGCCCACCCAGGAUUGGGUCAUCUACUCCAGAUGAUGGCAACCGUAGCGCCAAAUGUCAGGAAAACACCGAGUGCCAGGAAGGUGUGAUCUUACCUGUGUGGCUCCCUCAGAAUCCUUCCGUCGGAGAUAAGGUGGCCCGGGCCAUCGUUUACUUUGUGGCCCUCAUCUAUAUGUUCCUGGGCAUGUCCAUCAUUGCCGACCGCUUCAUGGCCUCCAUCGAAGUGAUCACCUCACAGGAAAAAGAGAUCACCAUUAAGAAACCCAACGGGGAGACCACCACCACCACCAUCCGCAUCUGGAACGAGACGGUCUCCAACCUCACCUUAAUGGCCCUGGGGUCCUCUGCCCCCGAGAUCCUCCUUUCCAUCAUUGAGAUCGUGGGUCACGGCUUUCAAGCAGGCGACAUGGGUCCCAGCACCAUCGUGGGCAGCGCCGCUUUUAACAUGUUCAUCAUCAUCGCCAUCUGCAUCCACGUGGUCCCUCAAGGGGAGAUACGGCGCAUCAAACAUUUGCGGGUAUUCUUCGUCACGGCGGCCUGGAGCAUCUUUGCUUACAUCUGGUUAUAUCUUAUCCUGGCCUGGUUCUCUCCCGGCGAGGUAGAACUAUGGGAAGGUCUUCUCACCUUCCUGUUUUUCCCAGUCUGUGUACUCCAGGCUUGGGUGGCUGACCGAAGACUCCUCUUCUACAAAUACGUCCACAAAAAGUACCGGGCCGAUAAAUCGCGGGGUCUCAUCAUUGAGAGCGAGGGCGAAGUCGGUUACCCGAAAAUGGACAUCGAGAUGGAUAAUUCGCUAAAGGAAGGCUCUGAAGGUCUGGGGGAUACGGGUAAGGAUCAAGACGAGGAGGCCCGCCGGGAUAUGGCUCGGACCUUGCGGGAUCUGAAACAAAAGCAUCCCGAAAAGGACAUGGAACAACUGAUCGAAAUGGCCAACUAUCACGUACUCGUUCAGCAGCAGAAGAGCCGAGCUUUCUACCGCAUCCAGGCGACUCGUAUGAUGAUCGGAGCAGGGAACAUCCUCAAGAAACACGCGGCCGAUCAGGCCCGCAAAGCCAUCAGCAUGCAGGAGGUCCAGACAGAGGAAGACGAGUCGGUGACAAAAGUCGGCUUCGAGCCAGCCCAUUAUCAGUGCUUCGAGAACUGUGGUUCGGUGGUCCUGACCGUGGUCCGCCGAGGAGGGGACCUGGCCUGCGUCACUGUGCGAGUGGACUUCCGUACAGAGGACGGAACGGCGAACGCCGGUUCCGACUACGAAUUUGCAGAGGGGACCCUGCUCUUCAAGCCGGGAGAGACACACAAGGAACUGCGGGUGGGGAUCAUUGACGACGAUAUUUUUGAAGAGGACGAGUAUUUUUACGUCCAUCUCAGCAACGUCAGGGCCACCUGGGCCGAGCCGGGUCUGGAGCCUCCUCCGAAAGCUUGUCUUGCACCUUCCAAGAUGGCCACCGUGACGAUCUUCGACGAUGACCACGCGGGUAUCUUUACCUUUGAGGGACCCUCCAUGCGAGUGAGCGAAAGCGUAGGCGUGGUGCACAUCAAAGUGUUGCGGACUUCGGGGGCCCGCGGGCGAGUGGCCAUCCCCUACCACACCAUCGAGGGCACGGCAAAAGCUGGGGAGGAUUACGAGGAAGUCGCUGGCAAAGUGGAAUUUCAGAACGACGAGACGGUAAGAUACAUCGAGAUUAAAAUUAUUGACGAUGAGGAGUAUGAAAAAAACAAGAAUUUUCACCUGGAAUUGGGACCCCCAGUCAUCUUGGACAUUGGAGUCCGGCACGGUGACACCAACGAGAAUCAACUGCCUGCAGGGGAGGAGGAAAAAAUUGCUAAGAUGGGGUACCCCAGUUUGGGAGAAAACGCCAAACUUGAAGUCAUUAUCGAAGAGUCUUACGAGUUCAAGAGCACUGUGGACAAAUUAAUCAAGAAAACUAACCUGGCUCUCGUGGUGGGAAGCAGCAGCUGGAGGGAGCAAUUUGUAAGCGCCGUGACGGUCAGUGCCGGUGACGACGAGGAUGAAGACUCGGGCGAGGACCGCCUCCCUUCCUGCUUCGAUUACAUCAUGCACUUCCUCACCGUCUUCUGGAAAGUUCUUUUCGCCUUUGUACCGCCCACCGAGUACUGGUGCGGCUGGGCCUGCUUCCUGGUCUCCAUCUGCCUCAUCGGGGUGCUGACGGCCCUCACCGGGGACCUGGCCUCUCACUUCGGCUGCACCAUCGGCCUCAAGGACUCGGUCACCGCGGUGGUGUUCGUGGCGCUGGGGACCUCCGUGCCCGAUACCUUUGCCAGCAAGGUGGCUGCCAUCCAAGACCAGUAUGCCGACGCUUCCAUUGGUAACGUGACGGGCAGCAACGCGGUGAAUGUCUUUCUGGGCAUUGGCGUGGCCUGGACCAUCGCCGCCAGCUACUGGGCCAGCCAGGGGAAGCCCUUCAAGGUGCAGCCGGGCAGCCUGGCGUUCUCCGUCACCCUCUUCACCAUCUUUGCCUUCAUCAGCAUCGCGGUGCUGCUGUACCGGCGCCGGCCUCCCGUGGGGGGAGAACUGGGUGGUCCCCGAACCCCAAAACUUCUAGCCACCCUGCUUUUCAUUAGCCUCUGGCUGGUCUACAUCCUGUUAGCGGCUUUGGAAGCCUAUUGCCAUAUCGAGGGCUUCUGAAGCGGCGGGUUCGAAUCGAGACGCUUCUUUGGGGGGGGGGGGGAGGAACGAAUCCAGAAAGGACCUCACACCACUCGGAGAAGCCCUCCUGGUGGAAAUAUGCAGGAUGCCUGCUCCACGCCCUUUUAUUUUCCUCUCUCUCCAUCCGUCUCGCCACUUCGGCGGCCGAUUUGGGGCGUGCUCAAGUGUCCGUUUCAGCAGGGGCCAAGUGGGACACUUCCCUCCCACACACACACCCCUCAGUUUUGGAGCACCCCAAGUCACGAGUUCGAGAUGGUGUCUUGGAGAAGAGUUGGGGGAAAGAGAACUUUUUGGGGAAAGCUAAGCCUGAAUGAGGGGGUGGAAGAGAUGGAUUCGCUCCUGUCCAAUUUCUCUGUUAUUCCUGCAUUAAUUGAGCAGUUUGGACCUCGGGCGAAAGAAAGCACGCCUUUUGGGCCAAUGCUGAUGAAUUUAAAAAAGGGGAGCAGGACACGUUAUCUCUCUCCUCUACUCUGCCCCUCCUUCAAGCCACGGUUUAAUGGAAGGAAGCUGGCUUGUACCUGGACAUGAGGAGCGCCUUCCAAACCCAGGUUUUUGGAACAAAGGAACGGAAUUUGCACAAAAUGCUCUCCUCUUGGUCCCCCAUCCAUGAUGGGGAGAAGGGAAGCGACCAGGCCAGGCUAAAAAAAGGGACAAUCUCAAAACUGCCAAUUUGUCUGAAGCACAGUCGUCUCUCUUAAAAGCCAACCUUUGCGCUCUUCCGGAAAACAGCACAAAACAUCUCUCCAAACAGCCAAAAAAAAAAAAAAAGAAAUAGUAACAGAAGAGUA